UGGAGCUCACAGGUGGGGAGGAGCAGGAAGGAAGCAUGUUGAGGUAACUGAUGAGCUCAGCCGGACUGCUCCGUGUUGGUUGGACUGUCAGUGGUUUGUGACCUGUGAGGUAUUGACUAGUAGGCUGAGGGACAUGGAACUGUAGAGUGAGGAAGAAAUACCAUGACGUCCUGACACUAUGUUGAUGAAGAUACUUGAUACUUGCUGAUUGUACACGUGCGUGAGGUGUCCACGCUGUAGCCAGUGAUGCCAUCUACAAGCAAGGCAGACUACUACCAAGUCCUUGGGAUUCCGCGCAGUGCUACUGAAAGCGAUAUAAAAAAAGCGUACAGGAAACUAGCGCUCAAAUGGCAUCCAGACAAGAACCCAGACAAGAAGGAUGAAGCCGAGAAAAAAUUCAAAGAAAUCUCUGAGGCAUAUGAAGUUUUGUCAGACAAACAGAAGAGGGAAGUGUAUAACUUAUACGGCAAGGAUGGCUUGUCGAAUCCCUCAUACACAAAUGAAGACUUCAAUGACUUCAGCCACGCUGGUUUCCACUUCACGUUCCGCAGCCCAGAGGAGGUCUUCAGAGACUUCUUCGGAACAGACGAUCCAUUCGGGAACUUCUUUGGUGGAAGCAAUGGAGACUUCAAUGGCUCGAUGUUCGAAAAUUCUUUUACAGGCUUCCCAGGGGGUUCUAGUGUAUUUUCUUCCUCAUUCUUCGACUCUGAUCCAUUCGCAUCUUCUGGUAUGUGGCGGCCACACCGUCGUCGCCGCGGUGACCAGCCCGGGGGACGGCGCCAGGAGCGUAUGCAGCAGCGCAUGCAACCCACCAGCUACAGCCACCCCGUGAGGGGCUUCGUGCCCCGCAUACACACUGGGUUUGGCUUCUCCUCCAUCUUUGAUGACCCUUUCUUCGGACUUUCGGCCUCGCCAGGGUUCUCUCAGUUCUCUAGUACGAGUUUUAGCGGCCCCACCACGGGAGCCGGACACUUUCGCUCUACUUCCACCUCUACCAAAUACAUCAACGGCAAGAAAAUUGUCACGAAGAAAGUUGUUGAGAAUGGACAGGAGACGGUGUUGGUAGAGGAGGAUGGGGUCCUCAAGUCCCGCAUGGUGAACGGCGUGCAGCAGCUGGAGUACGGCGGUGGCAGCAGCGGCCGUGCUCACAACAGCAUCAAGGCAUGAACCACCCUCACUCACUCACACAGAGACAAAUAGGAACACAAUGGAGGAUCUACCAGUAUUCACGGUGCAAGGGAUCUGUGUCACAUGUGAACAGUCAUCUGCACACGAAUGUAUAAGAUUUGGGGAAAUUUAUUUGUGUUUUUAUGUGAACUUUUGCACCUUUAAGGGUAGUAUGAGCUGUCUAUAAAUUGGUUUCUUACAAUAUAAAGAACCAUAGUUUGGUUUGAUUCUCAUCAGAUCAUGCGCAGACAGUUUUGCCAUUUCUAAGUAUGUAUUUGUCAGUGGAAGGGUUAAUAUCUACUGAGGGGAGUAACUGUGACAAAUCUUGCCAUGUCCUGUCUGUGUGAUGGUCUGUUAACCCUCUCUCUGUUAACAGCACAAGGGAAUGUCCUCCCUACACAUUUCAAUGGGCUCUUCUUUGCAAAAGUGUUUCUUCAAUUGUAUGUGAUAGUUGUCAUGAAAACAGAAUUUUCAUAUUUUUCUUGUUCAAUUUUUUACCUUAUUUAAAUUACUUAUAAAUAUAUUUGCGCCACAGUUUUAAGCAUUAUUGUCUAAUCAAAGUAAAAAGAUAUCUUGUGGCUAUUUUCUUUGGAAAUUGUUGUAAUGGGACACUUUAGUUUAUUUUACCAAAGAUGAUUUUCAUUUGCUGUCAUUUCUUGAAUAAUUCUUGUUAUAAUAAAUGAAAGCAUAGCGUUUGCUCUCCACCCUCCACGUAUGAGACUGAAUGAGUGACGUGUGACGAGUGACGUGUAUUCCUCACCAGGGGCGGGACAGUCUGAUAGCGGAACGAUGCUCACAAGAGUUUAUGCAGGGGGUGGGAAUGAUACAUGUUGCUUCAUUGAUGUCUUCAGUUCCUGAAAAGCUAAACACAUCCCAGGUGGAUGUUUCGAAACGAAGUGAUUACAGCUCCCUUCAUUUUAAUAAAUGUCAAAUAAUAGAUAUUUUUAAUACAUAGUUUGUCUUUGGGAUGAAAAUUAAAGAUUGAUAUCACGAACCUAAAUAUGAAGAUAUGACCUUGAUCUUCCAGGUCAAGGUUAACUCAGGGUUAAGGUCGGCUGCAGAGAUUCCCUGUUAUAUAGACAUUGUUAUUAGACAGAUACCUUGUAUAUUGAUGUUAAGAUUGAUGGUGGUUGUGAUAUAACAAAACAGGGGAAUCUUGACAACCUGAAGACUGCUGAGAAGUUCCUUAACAUUGGGAAAAGACAUUUUGUUUGUGAUCUGGAGAUUCCAUUCUAAAUAUUGUUUUGAAAAGAUAGCAAAUUAGAAUUCAAAUUGAUAUAUCGUGACUUGCAGUUCUCAGCAGUCUGCAGGUUAUGGGAAGUAUAGCCUUGUUAUAACAGUUUAUGUCAUAACAGCAGGAUGGUUGCUUCUAACAGUGUCAUUAAAUAUAUAUAUGUUCUAUUUUAUUCCUUACUAAACUUGUCAUAGCUUUGACAUUUAGGUGGACCAGUCGCUGUCAUAUUGAGAGCAAAAUUCUUACGACAAACGACCUCAGAAAACAAGUUCCAAUUCUUGUUCGGCUUGUAUCCAAAGGGAGGUAACUCCUUCAAGCAAGUUUAUUUUCUGGUGUUGUUUGUCCGAGUCUGUGAUUACUACACGGAGUGGUUAGUCCUGCAGUGUUGAUAUAAUCUGCUCACCAUUGUACAUAGUUGUCAGCAGGGAUGUUUCGAUACAGCAUUGUCCCCAAUACGAGUUGCCGUAACGUGGCACAAGGGUUUUGUCAUGGUGCAGUUGAUACAUAACAUGUUCUAAAAUUUACUGAAAAGAUUCCUGAUGUGUAUUACAUAACAGUUUGGGUAUUUUGUAUCGUAUCAGGCCCCCAAUGUUGCAGUAUAUAUUGUCAUGCUAUAUCUCUGUAUCGAUACACCCCAGCUAUCCUAUCAAUGCUGCCUUCAUAGACUGGUCUUGCUGACAAGAUUUACCUCCUUUGAAAUGGAGGUAAACAAAUCUGAUGUAAGAUGGACAAGUUGAACAUGCUAUAUAUGAUUUAUGGCCUCUCUGUACAGUAUUCUCAUCAUUGUUUAUAUCUACAUGGCAGACAGCUCUUUAGUGACCCCCUUCACUCUGCGAUCUUUUAGUAGUAGAAAAAAGGUUUUAUUCUCAUUACUGGGAAGAUUUUACGAACUGACUUCUUGUCUGUCAUUUGGGAAAUUUGGUCAAGCGAGUGACCAGUUCGUUUGUGUUCCUGUAGUGCUGUAGAUGGUGAAUGGUAUUUUCAUGUAGUGUCAGAUACUUGGCCCAUCCUGUGUCCUGUAAUCCUGUUUCCCUAACAUCUUACAGCCAAGAUUUGGUCCACUUCUCUGCUAGUGCUUCAGCAGUGUACAAUCAUUAUGCUUGAUAAGUGUAGUUCGUAAUGUGCCUGUGUUUUUUAUAUUGUGGUAGUGGAUAUCAUGCUUCAGACUCAUAAUUCGCGUAGCCACCUUGUCCAGAUCACACGUGAAGCAGUCAUACUGCAGUCAGAACCAGUGUCACCUUUCACAACCAACAGCCUUUGUUCAAAAAGCUUGAAUUUACCCCACUGCCUGGAUUGCAGGUUUAAUGUAGUGAUCACUGUGUCCUGUAUGAACGAGGGAGAUAGUUGUAAAUGCCGCUUCAAGAAGUGUUCUUUAUGCUUUAGUGUUCCAGUAUUAGCCCACCAGCACCUGAUGCUUGCUUCACUAGCUUCCUGUGGCUGUCCCAUUACACUGACAUUGUCAUGUAGAAUCCUCUGCUUGGAACAUAAUCACUUUUAUCAAUGAGAUGUUUUGUGACAAAUAUUGUAUGCUGUGAACAAGCUCCGCUGACCAUCACUUGUAGAGACUGACACCAGUCGUAACAUGUAAUGGGUUAAUACUCUGACUGGGAAAGGACAUACUUGUUUUAGUCAAGGGCAGAUGCACAGGAGGUGCUUGACCCAGAGAUGAGGUUCAGACCUCCAUGACUACAUAGUUUGUGCACUGAAUUGCCUCAUCCCGAGAUGAGGGAGCAAUUAUGUUUUAGAAUUUUAGGUCCGAAUUAUGCCUCAUUUUUUUGUGCCGACUUGACAUAUUUAUCAAAUAUAUGAAUUAAAAUAUGUAAAAGAAAAAUCCCCUUCUGAGCUAUCCUGCUUUGUUUUCUGGUACAGAUAUUAUAAACAAAACCAUUUGAAGUCAUCAGAAGUAUUGACAGUGAAGGUAGUUUGAAUGGUGGGGUCUAUAGGAUUCUCAUCCUUGAACAAGACAUCAUGCACAGCUGGGUUGGUCUUGGGUCAGGGAGGUGUGAUCCUUUGACAGCAGGUACAUGCACAGCUUGGUGGAGGUCAGUCAUGUCCCGAUGCCUGCAUCUGUGAUGAGCCACAAGUGGAGCUAUCCAGGCUUGAACACAACUGUAUGCUUUCUGUGUGUAACUGACAGUGAUUAUGACAAGUGUAGCUUCGUCUGUACAAUUUAUGAGGUAUGUCAAAGUAAACUAUACAUUUCAGAGAAAUAAAGAUUUCUUUGACA